AGUCUGAAACGUAAACAAAAAGUGUUUAGCAGCUGAAAAUGUCUUUUGGAGGAAACAAUCGUCGUCGGCACAAUAAAGGAGGUGCCAAGCACUCUAAUGCCCCAACAACAGUGGACGAAUCAAACCCCAUCCUCGUGGCCUUUCACGGAUUUGCCCGGGAGCUGGAUGACAAGCACGAUAGAUACGAGAGAAUUGUGAAAUGUGGCCGGGAUAUCACGAUUGAGAGCAAGAGGAUCAUCUUCUUGCUGCACACCAUUGACCAGAAGAAGGACAAUGCACAGAAAGUCCUGGCUGAGGCACAACAGAGACUGGAGAAGGUGUGCACGAUGAAUUUUGCAGAGAUUGCCAAGGAGCUGAAAGGCCUGGAUCAGUAUCAGUACGCGAGGGCUUUCUCUCCUGGGCUUCAGGAAUUCAUCGAAGCCCUGACAUUCUUCGAGUACAUUUCAGGGAAGGAUCUCUCAGAUUGGACAAGUGUCCAGGAGAGUCUGAAGUACAAGGGUGAGGAGGAAUCCCCACCGAUGGAGUGUCUGGUGCAGCCCAUUGAAUUCAUGCUGGGUCUGGCGGAUAUGACUGGAGAGGUCAUGAGACGCUGCGUGAAUUCUCUGGGAUCCGGUGAAGUAGACAAUUGCUUCGAUUCCUGCCGUUUCCUGCAGAGCCUCCAUGCGAGUUUUCUGGGCCUGGGGCCCACGCACAAUCGCGAAAUGUCCAGGAAAAUGUACACGUUGCGCCAAAGUGUCAUGAAGUCUGAGGCUGUGUGCUACAAUCUUCGUGUUCGCGGAAAGGAAGCGGCUAAAUGGGGCGCCGAGGAGAAUCUUCUGGAUAAGGGAGUGGAUUCAGCGAGUGCCAAUGCAGAGAUCGACGAAGGAUUCUUCUGAUUUAUCUGUGGAUUUUCCAUUUUUUUUUAUUCACUGUGAACUAUUCUGAAAUAAAAAAAAAGUCUGAGCUUUGUCUCGUAACACGAAA